AUGGAGACCACAGAACGAGGUCCAAUAUUGCAGUGGCUUGCAAGAGUUCCAGAAACUAGCUCUUUGUACAAUCCAAAUUGUAUAUUGUCCGCCACUGUAAUUGUCAGCCUGUCACUGAUGCCCGAUACAGAUAAUCUGAGAGCGCCGUACUCGUUCAAGCUCCCAGAUGCAUUAGAAAUAUCCGAUACUCUUCCAGAUAUCAAUGAGAGCAGAAAAUUCCAGCACAAGGAGGCUGUGAUGGGUCAAUCUCCAGAGCAAAGCCUGAAGCGCACGGUCGACAAUCAGUAUGAGAGAAAGCCACGACACAAGAUAAAGGACAAUCGUUAUGAGUACAAGAGGCCUAAAAUGGAGAAACAGAACUCGCACAAUCAAAAGGCCAAGAAAAAAAGAGCUCGCCAAGGGCGAAAACACACUAUGAAUGAUAGCUUUCAUGCAUCUAAUGUUCCUCGGAGCAGACUGACGCUACUAUCCAAUGCAAACCAGGGAAUCUUCAAGAAGGGUAAAGCCUCCUCACCGGUCAACCCUCGUGACAAGAAUAUCAGCCCGUUGGAGAACAGCCGUCUUUCGAAAAAUCCCAAUUUUGCAUUCUCAGAGAAAGGAUUUAUGUUGCGAAAGAGAUUGAAGUCCGCGGGCAGCGCUUCGACUCCUGGUAAAAAGAUGACAGAUCAGCAGAGGAAAAAUAUGCGACAUCAAAACUUGCUCAUCUAUAGCAAGCUUGCUGAAACAAAUGAAGCUGCUCCGACAUCAAACCACAAGACAGCUAGUUCUGCAGUCAUUAUCUUGAGGAGUAACAAACAUCCACCGUCUUCAAGCCAUACUCCGAGUAAGAACACUCAGAUGAAGAAGCAAGAUGAACAUAGCACAGGCAUAAAUCUAGACCUAGGUUUUCAUCACUCGCUGGCUGCUAAUCCUCACUUCUGGCCUGAUACCGAGCCUGAUGAGACCGAUCUGGACUGUGCAAUAGAAGUUCUUUUGUUGAAUCUUCUCCAUGUGGGAUUAUCACGGCAAGGAUCUUGUCAACGUCCGAUUGAAAAUUUGAAGAAUUACUGUAACCUCCAAGACUUAAAAGGUCUUUUGAAAGACCGGAGAACAUAUUGGGGAAAGAGCAACGAUGAAGCCCACCAAAACAUGACAUCUCCCUCACAGAUCAGCUGUCCUCAGGAGUCAGUAUCUAUACCAGUUGGAUCUUUCAAAUAUCCCAGGGAGGAGAAGUUAGUGCCCUGUCCUAUUCGUGGAGCAGCACCUCCACAUGAUAGGACACUCAGACAGUCUCUGUCAGUUAAAACAAAUAGCACGUUUGGGCAAGACUUGUGCAUGGAGCAGCAGCUAGUCGAAGAGUUGAGCGUGAGAAAUUUCAACCUGAAACACGAAAGCUGCCUUGAAACAUUGGAUGAAAGGUUUCGGGCAAUUGUCAACUCGGAAGAUCAAGGAUACGAGCCUACUCAGCAGAAUUGCGAGUUACACAGUCUGCAGCCAUCUUGGCUGUGUUCAGAAGGCCAAUGUAAGUCUGUAUCGAUAUGUGAGCCACUUGAUCAUGCAUCUGUUGAUGGACACUUGCAUGGACAGAAUGCAUAUGAGAAGCCAUGGCAUCCAGGAAUUGACAUCCGGUAUGGUCUAGAUGCACAAGAUCUAUACGGAUAUAUGAGUGAAGACCCAAUUAGGCAAGAGGAACAAACUGGUUCAUUUGGUAAUUCUUCUACCUUCAACCCAUUGGGGAGAUCCUGGGGUCUGACAACGAAGAAUGAUGUGGGUGAAGCAACCCUUCCGCCUGGUUUCUGGCGACAGAAUAGGCUGUAUUGA